AUGAUUACAUUGGCGAAUUCCACAUAUAAUUCAGAUGUAACAAGAAAUACUCCUGUUAUUAUUAAUAAUAUUAAUAAUCCAACAAAAAAAUCAUCACCAAAAGCUUUAGUGAUUGGACCUGCAACUGGUGGUGGUAUAGUUAUUGUUCUAAUUUUAAUUGUAGCUUUUAUUAUUUACAAAAAAAGAGUAACAGUUCUUAGAAUGUCUGGAAGUGAUGAUAAUACUUAA